AUGGCGCCCAAGAAGCCCUCCACGACGGCCGAGGUCGCCCUCGUGCCAUUGAAGAAUUGCUUGGUCAACCUGCCACCGUCACUCGUGGCGCUGCUAGUCAAUGCCAACACGACUGCGCAGAACGUCAUUGUCGAGCUGCAGUACCGACCGACGGCCGGGAAGCUCAGCGGGAACCCCGCGCAACGGUCUUGCUACCUGGGAUGGACCGGCAUGCAGAGCAAGCGCAAGCUUGCGCCGGUGGUCGGACGAGAUGGAAUCAGCAAUUCCUCUUCCACCAGAGAGCAGGACGCCUCGACGGUCGAGCUAGAUACAACAUUUGCGCGGGUUCUCGGACUUUCCGAGGGACAGCGGGUCGGGAUUUUUAUCCACCUAGACCCUCCCGUGGCUCACACUAUAAACAUCGAGCCUCUGACUCCGGAGGAUUGGGAAAUCAUUGAGCUACAUGCGUCAUUCCUCGAGCUGAAUCUCUUGUCGCAAAUCCGCGCGCUACCAAACCCCGGAUACAAUUCGGCGCAGUCGGAACACAUGCAUGCGCUUGCGCUGCAUCUCUCCCCGACAUCAACGGCCAAUAUUGUCAUUACAUCACUCACGCCGCCUCCCUCCAACACCUCUCCGUUCGCGAAGAUCGCCCCAGAUGCGGAAGUGAUCGUGGCCCCCAAGGUUCGCUCCAAGGCGAGAGGCUCGCGGGGCGAGAACCGAAGCGUCACCGGCAGCAGCAAGCGCAGUGGGGGAGGACGGAGUAGCGGAAGCACCGUGCGACCGAAGAGCGGCCGGUCCGACUCGACAAGCCGGGGCUCCCUUUACUUCCGAGGCACCGAUCGUCAAUGGUCCGAGCACACCUUUGACUCGGAGCUGGAGGAGGAUCGCAACGAGGGUUUCCGUGUCUGGAUAGAUCCGGACGUGCUGGCGAGCAACGAGCUGCGCGGCGCCACUUGGGCGGCCGUCAACAUCAUCCAACCGUCGGGACUGAAGGCUCCCUUGGAUCCCCAACAACAAAUGAGCCAAGCGGAGCAAAAAGCCAGUGAUGCAGGCACACCCGCGACGAAGAUCGUGGCUAAACUGGCGCCGUGGGUAGAUGCACCGGACACCCAGCAUGUUGCCUUGUCCACUCUGCUGUGCAGCGCGCUUGGCUCGGAAGGCAUGGCCGGUGGCAUUGUCCGGGUUGAAGCGGCGCCUACCCCGUUGCAGCGGUCGGCUGUGAAAGGCCUGAAGAUUUACCCUUUCACGACCGACACCACCAAGAAGAAGGAUGGGCUUAAAUUUGGCGCCGACACGGUGGCCGCGAAGGAUGCUCUGGCGGAACGGAUCAAGGUGAUCCACGGCACCCCUGGAUCCGACAAGGGAUUGCUGUCUGGACCUCUUACGGAUGGCAUGAUUCUGCCCAGGUCGGAGAAACCGAGCACGGUGUCUCCAUUCGACGGUGGUAUCCUUCGAUUUGAUCCGCCGUUGAAGGCCACCUCGGACACGCCCAAGCCGUUUGGAUGGUUACCAGGGUCGGAGGUCAAGCUGUCUCUUGAGGUGCAGGCUGAGAUUCCUAAGCCCGCCGACCUAGGUUCGUCGGUCCUGUCCUCGGAAGACACGUUACCAUCUACCAUUCCCAAGAUGGUGGGAAUCGACCCCAUCAUCUCCCAGUGUAUCGACGGCCUGACCAAGUCAUCGUCUAUCUUGUUGACUGGCGGUCUUGGUGCGGGAAAGACGGCUCUGACGCAGCUACUCGCCCACAAGGUCCGCAAGGAAUAUCUGUUCAACGUCAAAUACUUUUCGUGCCGGAAGCUCGUCACCGACGAGACCCGGAUCUCGAACAUCAAGGAAACACUGAGCCGGCUCUUCAUGUCCGCAUCUUGGUGCGCUCGUCUUGGCGGGCAAGCCGUCGUGAUCCUGGAUGAUCUCGACAAGCUGUGCCCCGUCGAAACUGAGCUGCAGGUCGGCGGAGACAACGGCCGCAGCCGCCAGAACAGCGAGGUUAUCUGCUCGAUGGUGCGGGAGUACUGCACGAUGAACUCCUCGGUGGUGCUCUUGGCGACCGCGCAGUCGAAAGAGUCCUUGAACAACGUCAUCGUCGGGGGUCAUGUGGUGCGAGAGAUCAUCCACCUGAGAGCGCCGGACAAGGACGGGCGCCGAAAGGUGCUGGAGCAGCUCACGAGCCAAGACCGGAACACCAGCGCCGCCACUAAUGGGCCCGGACGCGCACGGGACGAGAGUGCAUCGUCCGCAGACGACUCCUGGUUAGAUCCUUCGAACCCGGACAGCCGCCCUAGCACAGCCGGAAUCGACGGCUUCGUUCUGGGCCGGGACAUCGAUUUCCUGGAGCUGGCUGGCAAGACAGAUGGCUACAUGCCCGGCGAUUUGGUGCUCCUCGUCUCGCGCGCACGGAACGAAGCGCUCAUCCGCUCGGUGCAAGACCCCAUGGCUGCAUCAAAAGCGAUCACCCUCGGGGCGAAGGACUUCGACAGCGCGCUGGACGGAUUCACCCCUGCAUCCCUGCGCAACGUAACCCUCACAUCCUCCACCACGACGUUCUCCGCCAUCGGUGGCCUCCACGACACCCGGAAAAUGCUCCUGGAGACACUACAGUACCCCACCAAAUACGCGCCCAUCUUCGCGCAAUGCCCGCUACGCCUACGGUCCGGCCUCCUACUCUACGGAUUCCCCGGCUGCGGCAAGACGCUCCUCGCCAGCGCCGUCGCCGGCGAAUGCGGGCUGAACUUCAUCAGCGUGAAGGGCCCCGAAAUCCUCAACAAAUACAUCGGUGCAAGCGAGAAGAGCGUACGCGAUCUCUUCGAGCGAGCCCAAGCCGCGCGGCCCUGCAUUCUCUUCUUCGACGAAUUCGACAGUAUCGCGCCCAAGCGCGGUCACGACUCGACGGGCGUGACGGACCGAGUCGUCAACCAGCUGCUCACCCAGAUGGACGGCGCCGAAGGGCUCUCCGGCGUCUACGUACUCGCCGCUACGUCCCGACCGGACCUGAUCGACCCGGCGCUGCUGCGCCCGGGACGACUGGACAAGUCCCUCCUCUGCGACAUGCCGAGCCACUCCGACCGGAUGGACAUCAUCGAGGCAGUGAGCAAGAAGCUCGCGAUGAGCGACGAGGUGGCCGCGCGCCUGGACGAGGUUGCCGAGCGGACGGAGGGCUUCUCAGGAGCGGACCUGCAAGCCGUCGUGUACAAUGCCCACCUCGAGGCCGUCCACGACGCCCUCGGCGACCGCUCAACCGACAAAGCAGCGGGCAAGAGCGCCGGCAAGCAAUCCACCUCUUCCUCGUCGGCAGCAGGGACCAGUACCAAGUCCUUCAUCCAAUUCCUGUACUCGACAUCAGAGCAGCGCAACGGAUCAGUCGCCAUGCCGUCCCCGGCCGUCGUCGCGUCCAAACUAGAUGCCAUCAAGAGCGCCCGGCGCCGCCAGCGGCAGACCGAGCAGGGUCCCUCCGCCGGGGGAUCGACGGCGCCCACGCCGGUGACAAACGGGGCAGCAGCGCACGAAGAGCCGCGCGAGGAGAUCAUCGUCCGCUGGGAGCACAUGGAGCGGUCGCUGGACACCACGCGGAGCUCGCUCAGCGUGAACGAGCGACGGCGUUUGCAGGGGAUCUAUUCGGAGUUUGUGUUUGGGCGGAACGGCGAGAUGCCGAAUGGGGAGGCCGGGAAUGAGAUUGGGGGGCGGACGAGUUUGAUGUAA